CGUCAUCACGCUGGGAGUAUUACCCAGCGGUGGGGCAGCUGGAGAGCCACGUUGGCUGCCUGGGGCAUGUUAGCGAGGCAGCAGAGAUAGAGAGAGAGCACGGGUGCAGAUCCGGGGAAAGGAACACCUUGACUUCCAAAAGGGGGCUUAUUGUCUUCAUUCCAGUAAACCAAACAUGUCCUCGCCUCCAAAAGAGAAAGUCGAAACCAAAGCUGGACAUCUUCCUGCUGUGAAGGCAGGUGGGAUGCGAAUUGUCCGGAAACACCAGGGAUCUGGAGAGUCGGCACAGGACAGGGACAAGGACAGCAAAGAGUAUGAGAGCAGCAGUCCACCGAAGCCAACCCUGAUCAUCUCAGGAGCAGUGGCAAAGGGUGACAAGGACUUUCCUCCUGCGGCUGCCCAGGUGGCCCAUCAGAAGCCCCAGCCGUCUGUGGAGAAGCUCCCCCCGAGUCAUCACAUCAACCAGCACAUCCACCAGCCACGCAAGUGAGCUGUCCGCCAGCGCCACGCCCCCAGCC